AUUUCGACAAUUUAAAAAAAAAAUUAUUAAUAUACAUACUUAUAGAGAAAGCAAAAAACUUGUUUUAUUUCAAAUAAUUUUUUUUUUUAAUUGAAAAUUUUAUUCUUCAACAUUUGACAUAGUGAUAAUAUUUAUAAAUUAAGUUUCACUCAAUAAAAAUGCAGUUCUUCAUCUGUGGAAUAUUUCUAACGGUGCUUAUUGUAUUAUCCACAUGUAAAACUCCAUUUCUCUUACACAAUGAAGAUCAUGAGAAAUGCAUUGAGACGAAAAAUUUUCUUCAAUUGUCCGCCAAUACAAACUGGUCAAAAAUCAAAGCAAUGAUUUCAAACACCACUGACAUCAAAUGUCUAAAUAUGCAAAGUAGCAAUAUAGAGUACAUAACGCCUUCAACAUUUCAAAAAUUUCCAAAUUUGGAAUAUCUAAAUCUUGCCGAUAACAAUCUUCAAAAGCGAAAUUUGGAUUUUGUAUCAAGAAUGACAAAUUUAAAAACACUUGUACUUGACAAAGCCUACAGAAUGGAUAGCGUUGAUGGUGAUGAAUUUCUCUUUAAUGUCGAAUCGUCAAAUUUAGAAUCACUUUAUUUACGAUAUAAUGGAAUUAAAAAAUUAAUUGUUUCACAUAAUGUACAAUUCAAAAAUCUCACCAAAUUAGUUCUCAGUGAUAAUAAAAUCGAAGAGAUCAGAAUCAUAGGAAAUGGACCACCUACUAAGGCGAAUUUUAAUUGGUUACCUCAAUCAUUAAAGUAUCUUAAUAUCGAGAACAAUAAAUUAAAAGAGUUAAAUUUAAACAAUAUGAUAAAACUCGUUGAAUUGCAAGCGCGAAACAAUGAAUUUGAAUCACUAAUACUGGAAAAUCUUCCCAAUCUUCAAUCACUUUUAAUAAAUGAAGAGUCCCUUAAUCUAGUAUCCAUAAAAAAUCUCACCAAACUCGAGGAUCUUGUACUUGGUCUCAAUAAUCCUAAUGAAAUUCUACUUUCCCACAUCAAUGGUCUCACAGCACUUCAAAGUUUACAAUUGGAAUGCAAAAAUGUCUCACUAUUCGACGGUGAAAUAAUAGAUCAAAUGCCAUCACUUCGAAGUUUAUUCAUUGGCGGUAGUUUACUGAAUGCCAUACCAAAAAUAACAAAUGGAACCCAUUUAAAUUAUCUAUUUCUACCCAAGAAUAAAAUUGAAAUAAUAAAUCCAAUUGAUUUUUCAAGUAUGCCAAAUUUAGAGGAACUAAAUCUUUCUGACAAUUUAAUAAUGGAUCUAUCACCUGAUACUUUUUCGAUUCUAAAAAAAUUACGAAUUCUUAAUUUAGAGAAAAAUCUUCUCAAGCGUGUUUCACAUUUAGCGUUCAAUUCUUUUGAUAAUUUACAAAAAUUACGACUAUCUUACAAUAGUAUUACUUCUUUUGAUGCAAAAAUUGUCAAUUUAAAUCCAUCACUUAAAGAACUUCAUUUGGGAAACAAUUUUUUAAAACAAUUUCCCCUAAUCAAUAGAGCAGAGAAUUUAUGGUAUUUGAAUUUAGGAAGCAAUAAGCUUAGAGUUUUGGAAAAAAUUGACCUUAAUUUAAUGUUUCCCAAUUUAGAAGUAUUGAUUUUAUCCUUUAAUAAUUUGACAAGAAUUGAUCGUAAAGUAUUUGAUAAUUUAAAAAAUUUAAGAGGUUUACAUUUACAUUCAAAUGAAUUACAAACAAUGCCAGAUAAUUGGUCCUUGUCAUUGAAAAAACUCGAAACAGUUAGUUUAGAUAGAAAUAAAUUUAAUGAUUUUGAAGCGCUUUCAUUGACUGAAAUAAAUUUUCAAAAUGUCGCCCUAUCCUAUUCAUUGGCAAAUGAUCAUUUUCUCUAUUGUACUUUAAGAAAUGGUAUCAAUAUUUAUUGUAAUUUUAUCAAGGAAUAUAAAGAGGGCGACAAUAUUUUUUAUUUUCAAAAGAAAUACAUGACUUUUAAAAAAGUAGCAAAUAAUAAAUUAAUGUUAAUUCCAUCGGCUGAAAUGUAAUUAUUUGAUAUAACUAUUUGAUUUUGAAAUUUAGUAUAAAAUUGUCAAUUAUUUCUAUACUUUGAAGGGUUUUACCAUUAUGUAUUAUUAAAACGUUAUUUUCAUAUAUUUGACUUUGAAAAUUAAUGCACACGCAGUAUUUAUAAUUAUGUGGGAAAAAUUAAUUAUAUGAAAUAUCUAGAG